AUGAUGGUGAACUUAAAUUUCCCUGAUCAAAUGAUUGCUUGGGUCAUGGAGUGUGUCACGACUACAUCCUUCUCUAUUUCACUUAAUGGGAGAUUAAAUGGAUUUUUCAAAGGCAAGAAAGGGCUCAGGCUCCUAAAGUCCCUGGAGGGCAAUUUCAAUUUCAAGUUCCACCCUAAAUCUAAAGAACUAAAGAUCAUUCACCUGGUAUUUGCUGAUGACCUUAUGUUGUUCUCAAAGGGUGAUGCUAUUUCCGUAAGAUUUCUUAUGGACUGUCUGAAUGAGUUACUUACAGCUAACAGUCUGAAAUCCAACCUUUAUCAGGCUGGUAUGAAGCCACAGGUUUUGGAAGGAAUUUUGAAUCAAACAGGAAUCAAAGAGGGCAAAUUUCCUUUUAAAUACUUGGGGGUACCACUGCUGCCUUCCAAAUUAAAUGCUGUCCAUUAUAGGCCACUGGUUGAUCGAAUUGCUAGGUGGUUCAAGGGGUGGCCUGGCAGCACUCUUACCUAUGCUGGUAGAUUAGAAAUAAUUAACUCGAUUGUCCAAGGCUUUGAAUGUUUUUGGCUUGCUAUUUUCCCCAUUCCACUGAAUGUCCUAAACCAAGUAAUUAAGCUUUGUAGAGUAUUUUUGUGGGGUGGCAGGAGGAAGCCUUUGGUUGCCUGGAGUGAAGUCUAUAAACCAAAAGAUGAAGGAGGUUUAGGAGUUUUUGAUCUCAAGUCUUGGAACAGAGCAUUUUUGACAAAAGCACUAUGGAAUGUACAAGCUAAGAAGGAUAGUCUUUGGAUAAAAUGGAUUCACCAAUGUUACUUGAAGGAUACUGGAAUCUGGUAUGCUGCAACCAAAAAAGAAGACUCUCCCCUCUUCAAAAGAUUAGUUGAAAUUAAAGAUCAACUUGUCCAAAAAGCUGGAAGUGUGGCUGCAGCUAUUGAAAAUAUGCAAAGAAUAGGGAAUGAACCUCACAUGUUUUAUGAUUUCUGGAGGGAGAAUAGUCAUAAAAUGCCUUGGAUAAAAUCCGUAUGGCUGAAUGGAAUCACCCCGAAGUAUGCUUUCUGUUUGUGGCUGGGUUGGAAAGGAAGACUUCCAACAUGUGACAAGGUGUAUGGUGAUGGGAUUGACCCUAGAUGCACAUUCUGUAAUAGGGACAUGGAGACAUUGGACCAUAUCUUCUUUGGUUGUAAAUACUCGGCUGAAGUUAUGGAUAAUAUAAGGAAUUGGCUUGGAAUUAAAAGGGCUAUGACAACAAUCAAUGCAGCGGUUAAAUGGUUACAUAAAGAAGCAAAAGGAUUUGGAGUGCACUCCACUGGAAAGAAAAUUGGAUUGGCCACUAUUGUGUAUCUCAUUUGGCAUUCUAGAAAUAGGAAAAGAAUUGAAAAUCAUGUAAUUCCUCCUAUAGAUCUAUGUAAAGUUAUACAAAGACAUAUCUAUAGGGUGAUGUUUGAUAAAUUUGAUAUGUUCUCAACUUAA